AUGGAGCACGACGCGCCGCCCGCCCCCUCGCACCACGCCCAGGACGACGGCGCCGUGGACGACUGGGCGCGCGACGACGCGGAGCCGUCCGAUCGGCACGCCGCCCCCGCGGAGGAGAGCCCCGAGCCCGCGGACGCCGCCGCCGCCCCCGCGCCACCAGCGGAAGGUGUCAAUGACAUUCAGUCAUCACUUCAGUCGUUGGAGUUGAAGACAAAUGCUCCUGCGCAUGAGGAUGUUCAAAUGGUAGCAGAUGAGGAAGAGGAAGAAAAGCGCCAUAUAAAUUUGGUUUUCAUCGGCCAUGUUGAUGCGGGGAAAUCGACUGCUGGAGGGCAAAUAUUGUUCUUGAGUGGUCAGGUUGAUGACCGGACCAUCCAGAAAUAUGAAAAAGAAGCAAAGGAUAAGAGCCGAGAAAGUUGGUAUAUGGCUUAUAUUAUGGACACAAAUGAGGAAGAGCGACUUAAGGGGAAGACUGUUGAAGUUGGUAGAGCCCACUUUGAGACUGAAAAUACAAGAUUCACUAUCUUAGAUGCACCGGGCCAUAAAAGUUAUGUUCCAAAUAUGAUAAGUGGUGCAUCUCAAGCUGACAUUGGUGUUCUGGUCAUAUCUGCUCGGAAAGGUGAAUUUGAAACUGGUUAUGAAAGAGGAGGCCAGACUCGUGAACAUGUACUGCUUGCAAAAACUCUAGGUGUUGCUAAGUUGGUAGUUGUCAUCAACAAGAUGGAUGAACCUACAGUACAAUGGUCAAAAGAAAGGUAUGAUGAAAUUGAAGGGAAGAUGAUUCCUUUUCUCAGAUCUUCAGGGUACAAUGUUAAGAAAGAUGUCCAGUUCUUGCCUAUUUCUGGUCUUUGUGGAGCCAAUAUGAAGACCAGAAUGGAUAAAAGCAUUUGUAGUUGGUGGAACGGUCCUUGCCUUUUUGAAAUUCUGGACAAAAUCGAAGUUCCUUUGCGUGAUCCCAAAGGGCCAGUAAGGCUGCCAAUUAUUGAUAAAUAUAAAGAUAUGGGCACAGUCGUAAUGGGAAAAUUAGAGAAUGGGACUAUCAGAGAGGGUGAUAGUUUGUUGGUUAUGCCAAACAAGACCCACGUGAAAGUCACUGGUAUAAACUUGGAUGAGAAGAAAGUACGACGUGCUGGACCCAAUGAGAAUGUACGUGUCAAAGUGUCUGGAAUUGAAGAGGAGGAUAUCAUGGCAGGUUUUGUACUUUCAAGUGUUGCUAAUCCUAUUGGUGCUUUCACUGAAUUUAAUGCCCAACUGCAGAUUCUAGAGUUGCUUGAUAAUGCUAUUUUCACUGCUGGUUACAAGGCAGUGUUACACAUCCACUCUGUUGUCGAGGAGUGUGAGAUUGUUGAUCUCAUAGAGGAAAUUGACAUGAAGAAAGCGAAAGUAACUGACCCAAAGAAAAAGAAGACCAAGAGGAAGCCUCUUUUUGUGAAGAAUGGUGCAGUUGUAGUUUGCCGCGUCCAGGUGACUAAUUUGAUAUGCAUAGAGAAGUUCUCUGAUUUCCCUCAGCUUGGAAGGUUUACUCUACGAACUGAAGGCAAGACAAUAGCUGUAGGCAAGGUUGUUGAUGUUCCUCCAGUUGGCAGGUCAACGUUUUCAGCUUAA